AUGCGAAACUUCGUCAUCAAGACCAUUGUCCUACUGGUUCUGUGUGAUGUCUUGACGUGUAUGACUGAAAGCCAUCCAUCCCUGGCCUUCGUGAACCACCUGCACUUGCUCUCACGUUUCUGGUCGAACUCGAAGCUCCAGAGUUGUUUGCGGCCAAGCCAUGCUGCAUGCAAGACAAGAACAGCAGUGACGUGUCAAGGGUAUGCGAUGGAUGCGUCUUUCAGAGACAAACGCCUUGACUUCAUCAACUCUCGUCCUCUCAGUGAGCAGCGAGCAGAGCUGAACAAAAAGCAUAUGGACCGAGAAGCGAUCUAUCAGACCAUGAAGCGCAGGAUCCGAGCCUCUUCGUACGAGCUGGGGCUGCAGGACCUACGAAAGUUCUUCUCGCAGUUUGACAUCGACAAGGACGGCGUGAUCGACUGGAGCGAGUUCCAGUCGCUGCUGGAGAGGAUGGGCCUGCGCCCAUUCAUGCUCUCUGAAGCCGAGAAGAGGAUGAUCUUCAAGGAGAUGGGAGCCAGCCAACGCAACCUCUAUGUGCAGGCGAGAGAAUUCUUCAAGUGGAUGAAAGGAGCGAAGCAGGAGGAGAUCGAGCUUGAGAGGACUGAACCCGAUCUCGAGCGCAAGGUCGCUGUGCCAGGCAAGUUACCCCCACCUCCUACCCUCGAGCAGCGCAGCAAGCUUGUCUCGGGAUGGACGUAUGGCGCGAGCUCUGCUUUUUCUCCGGACGAGCAGAAGGCAGAGCCGAUGGAACUUGUGGACGCCAACGAGCAGCCAGGGGUUGGGAACUUUGGAGUUGACAAGUACAUGCGAGACAUUCUUCGUUGGACAAGCACUCCGGAGAAGCAACGUCCCCCCAGCAAGCUGGAGCCGCUGGCCAUCGCACACCCCGAAGUCUUCGAGUCCUCAGUUGACUUCACCCUGCGCAAGAAUGUUGAGUUCCUCCUGGAGAUGGGCGUCCCCAAGUCCAAGAUCCCCGUGCUCGUUCUCAAGGCCCCAGAUCUCCUCCUCACCGGCAGGUUCCUCGUACAGGACUUGGUUGCGUUCCUCAUCGAGAUCGGGGUGCGGGAGGAGAGGGUCGGACGGUGCCUGUCGAGAAACCCGCAGAUGCUAAUGAGCGGCCUGCAGUCGAGCAUGAUCAGCACGCUGGAGUUCCUGAUCAUCGAGGGAGGCAUCCCAAGGAGCAAGGUCGGCGAGGUGAUCGAGAUGUUCCCCUUGCUCAUGAGCUACAACGUGGAGUUCAACCUGCGUCAGAAGAUCAACUUCCUCAAGCUGGAGUUCGAGCUGGAGCCGGAGGCCAUAGGGAGCAUCCUCUACAAGUUCCCGCAGCUGCUCGGGCUGAGCCUGGAGGCGAACAUCAAGCCGACGACCCAGUUCCUUAUGGACACCCUGAGGAUGACGAAGGAGGACUUGACGCGGCUCAUCCUCCAGACCCCUCAAAUCCUCGGCCUCAACGUGCACAAGAACUUGGAGCCCAAGAUCGACUUCUUCCUCCAGGAGCUCGGAGUCCCGUUGGACAAGCUGGUUGCUGCUGUUCGCACGGCCCCGUCUCUCCUCACCCUCAGCGUCUCGUCCAACUUGCGACCAAAGAUGAUCUACCUCACCACCGAUGGCGGAUACUGUGUAGAGGACAUCAUCAAGUCGCCCACUGUCUUCCUUUACAGCAUGAACAGGAUGAAAUCGCGAGUGGAGACGAUGAAGAGGAUGAAGAGAAGCAUAGGACUAUCAUCGCUCCUCUCCUUCUCUGAGAAAGAUUUCGAGAUGCGCUUCCUCAACUAA